UUUUGAACAGAAGAAUUCAAGCCAUACAUUUCCAUGUCUUUCUUCUUUUCCACACACAUGGGAACUCAUUCACGCUCUGUUACCAGCCACUGCUCUUUUCAGAGAUGCUCUACAGUGGCUGUUGGGUGGAGGAAAGGGUUAACAUUGAGCAUGUAUCGAAAAAGAAUAGGAAGGUGUAGUUAAGUAUAAAGUUUUCAUAUAGGGCAGCAUAAAAACAUUCAAGAAUACAUCAGCAAAAUUUGGGAACAAAGCUUUCCUACUUCGUGGGCAGGCACAGCAUAAUUGUGGGUGCAGAUGGAUAUGCAUAAAUGAAGGAAAUCUGGAAAGAAAUGUAAAUGCUCUGAGUUUAAAUAUGAAAUAUUUAUCACAUUAUCUAAAAAAAGAAGAUUGAGGAACAACUUGCCAAAGUAAAAAGCUUUUGUGUAUCCAUCAGAGAGAAGAAAACUGCAGCUGAAUUAUGCCUAUGUAUGAAUGGCAGGACCAAGGAGAAGCAUGGUAGACCAAGUAGAUGUGAUUCCUGCAUUCCUGUAAUCCCCAGGAGAUUUAAAUUAAAUUAAAGGUGUUACUUGACAUGGUUAUGUUUGAGGCACUGUGGUAGGACCCAUUGCUUCAGACUAGUAAACAUUAUAAAAAUUACACCUGUAGAAUAUGUAAGAACUAAUCAAGAAGUCUCAUCAUGUGUUUGCAGGAGGGUCACAUUUCAAAUCUAUCUACGUAUUUCCUCUUCUAUCAUUUUCAAAAGGUUGUGAACAUGGAGAAAGGGAAUCCUUGAAUUUUCAAGGUUUUGGUGAGAUUGCUCACCAGGAGCCUCAGAAAAAGCCACCCUAAGCUGUCGUGGGAUGAGAGGGUUCCUGUCCUGGAUUAGUGGCUGCCUAGCAGCUAGGAAAGCAAGAGGUCAAGUUUCACAACAUCACAGAAGGCCUUCAGGGAUUUUCUGGGAUCCCCACUCGUGAAUACUGAUAAGGGAUCUGCAGAGGAGAGGAGGAAGGGCUGAGUUCUGAGCUUGUCUGUCACCAGAGGGGCUGCUGGAACCGGGGGAAGAGAGGGCUCUGGUGAUCCUGGGCGGCUGGGCAGCGCAGGGGCAAAGGGAGCUUCUGCUAGCAGGGGUAAGAUAAUGCUCUUUCAGGUGGAUUUGUUCCUGCCCUGCACUUAGGGGCAGCUUGCAAAAUAACCUGAGGUCAUUGCAGACUGUGUAGAGAUCAGGGCUCCGAAGUGGUCAGGAGGGGAAAUAAUGGAAGGAAGUUUCACAAGGAGAACACGUCAGCCCCAUUGUUGUGUUGCUGCUGGACCAUGUGGUGAGAGCGUGCUCAGCGGCGGUGGCCGGCGUGCCUGCCCCGAGGGACGGUCACGCCCUGCUGAUGGUGCCGGGAGGCUGACCGAGAGCAUCUGAAGUGCGGAAAAGGUGCUGUGCAAGGAGGACUUGGAACAAGUGGGACAGAGCGUGGAAAAGCAGAGAGAGGCGUGGUUGUCUGUGCCCUGUGUGCAGCUGCAGAGUUCAUUGCCUCAGGCUGUUAGGGAAAUGUGAGUUGUUUCAGGAGCCAAUGGAACAGAUGGGCAGAGGAUGGGCAUUGGUACAGCUGAUGACACAACUUUGGGGAAGCUGUGUGCAUUUCCUGGAAGAAACAUAUUCAUACCUUUGUCCAUACUCGUGUGGUUUGUCUGGGCACCGGCUGGUGGGCGCAAUAGGAGACGGGUACAGGCUGUUUGAGGUAUUUCUUGAACUCUUCAGCACAUCACAGAACUGUUGUUUUGGGAUAUCCUGCUUAAACCCUCGGAGGAAAAUCUGCCCACAGCCAAAAAUGACUUGAGUGGGCGAGCUGCUGCUUUAUCCCCAGGGCCAGCUUCCAGUGUCCCAUCUGGGGAUGCGCCGUGCACUAUGGUUCACAUCAAUGUGUUGAAAAAGUUCAUGUGUGUCCUUGUGGUGGUCCUGGUAGCACUGACAGUUUGCCUAUGGAGAGAAACGAGAAGAAGCUUCUACGAUCCUUUGAAGACCAGGAAUGAUGAUUUGCAGGGGCACAGGAGUUUGGAGAAAUGGAACGCUGUUAAAUCACAAGGCCUUUUCCAGGAAGCAGCCGGUGAACUGGGGCAGGUAUCCAAAAUGUGGCUUGGUACCCAAAACAGAGUAAAAGGCAGCAUCUCUGAAACAGCUGAAAAGUCCAAGAAAGCAGCCUUUGGGAAGGUAUGGGAUAAGGACAGCUCAUCCAGAAAUCUCAUACCCAGGCUGCAGAAGGUCAGGAAAAACUACCUGGCCAUGAACAAGUACAAUGUGACUUACAAUGGGAAGAGGAAUGCUAAGCUCAGCCCAGAGAAGUUGCUGUGUCAGCUACGGGACAGAGUCAACGUGACCAUGAUCCAGAGGUCUGAUGGUCCUUUUGGUACCUCUGAGUGGCAGCAAUACCUGCCAGGGAAAAGUCUCAGUGAAGCAGUGGGACACCUGGGUCGCUGUGCUGUUGUGUCCUCAGCAGGGUCUCUGAAGUCAUCUCGCCUGGGACAAGAGAUAGACAGCCACGAUGCCGUCCUGCGGUUCAAUGGGGCUCCUGUCAGGGGCUUUCAAGAUGAUGUGGGGCAGAAGACAACAAUUCGUCUUGUGAAUUCCCAGCUUGUAACUGUUGAAGAGCAGCAGUUCCUGAGGGAACCAUUAUAUAACACUGGAAUCUUAAUUGUCUGGGAUCCAGCACCAUAUCAUGCAGAAAUUCAUGAGUGGUACAGAAAACCAGAUUACAACUUUUUUGAAAGCUAUAAGGCGUAUCGUAGAACACAUCCAGAGCAGCCCUUCUAUAUCCUGAAUCCCAAAAUGCAGUGGCAACUCUGGGAUAUUCUGCAGGAGAAUUCCCUGGAGCAUAUUCAGCCUAAUCCACCAUCAUCAGGAAUGCUUGGCAUCGUGCUCAUGAUGACACUGUGUGACCAAGUGGACGUGUACGAAUUCCUCCCUUCCAAGCGGCAGACCGACAUCUGCCACUAUUACCAGAAGUUCCACGACCACGCCUGCACCAUGGGAGCCUACCACCCCCUCCUGUUUGAGAAGAACUUGGUGAAGCACAUGAACCAGGGCACAGAUGAGGACAUCUACACUCACGGCAAAGUCACCCUGCCUGGCUUCCGAAAAGUGCAGUGCUGACAGAUUGGUUUUACUGUGUUUAGUUUUCCUUGACUUUCAAAGCACUUUUUAAAUCAGGGUUUGUCAGAUAUGUUAGGUCUAAGCACUGGUGUGUUUUGACAGCUCUUCCAUGUAGCAAGGCUUGCUCUUAGGACUUUGUUGACCAACUCUGAGCUGUAAGGCUCACUGUGGUACAGCCACUGACCUGCAUGAGUCACUGCAAUAAAUGGACUCGCAGUGAAGCCAGGCUCUUGCAGCACGUGGAUACCUCUGGCUUCAUCUCAGCCGAUGACGGGGUAGGGGAGGCACAGCAGAGGCUUUCUAAGCAGAGAUUGCACAAGUCAGGAUCAUACAAUGAACAUAGUUUGGUUUGCUUCAAAGGGGCUGUGACAACCAAAACCCUGGGCCAUUGGGAAACAUGAAAAAUCGUUUAAAAUUUGUUCCCAUAGUCAGGGGCUCUUCAGAUUAGGGAUGAUUUAUGGAAAUGCUGUCAAGCUGUGUAAUGAUAAGUGACACUUCUAAUCCAAAAUAUUUGAUUUUAUAAACAGUCUGUGAACUUCCUUCCAAAUUGUAAGACUUCUGAAACCACUCAGGUGACAUUUUUGGCAAAGGAAGAGGAAAGCAAUUUAUAAUCCAGUGAAUCUUGCAAGACUUUUUAAUCUUCUUACUUUUUUUUAAUAAUUUAAAAUAAAUUUCAGUAAUCAUUUACUUUUCCAGUACAGUGCUUGGCUUGGUACAGAAGAACCCUUAUGAUCAGAAAGGUUUUGGGAAGAUGCUCCAAGGCACAAAUGGGAGAACGCACUGAAGUCGGUGCCUUUGUCCAGCUCUCUGCUGCUCUACCUUUGCAAUUGUUGAAUUACUUGCUGUACCCAUUAACACAAACACCACAGAGCUGCUGCUAGAUGACUUCCAGCCCUCUGCACACCAACAGAGGGGAUCUCUUGACUGCUGUGUGCUUUUCUGCAUAGGUGGGGAGCAGGUUUGCCACUUCCAUGCUUCAGGAAUGGUGGGGAGUGAGAGCAUGCUCUGCUUCUCAUGCUGAAACACAGAGCUGAGAAGGGCAGCUUCUUCUGUUCCAGGGACUCCUGUGGCAGCAAGGUGGAAGGGGGGUAGCUCUGCAAUCUCAGGGUGUUGGUGAGAACACCUUCCCCAUCUUCUGUACUUGUGUGUUUCAUCAGGUCUGUAAAGAAAACUUUCUCCUGUUUUGAAUAAAUUCUGUGAAGUCAUUGGCCUG